CUUUCUUUACUUUUAUCGUUCUCUGUUCUUAUACAUUCCACACACAUUACUCUCAUUGCUCUCAUGAUCACGAAACCCUAAUGGGAAAAUACAUCUAAUUAGGGUUUGUUUUAUUUAUUCAUCCAAUGUUUUUUUCCACAGGUUGUAGAAAUUGUUGCCCUUUUGUUAACUUACCUGUUACCAUUUCAACAUGUUGUAAAAUAUCUUGUAGGAUACAUGACUGCUUUACGAGUACAUUCAUAUUUUGUAGGAUAGGGUAUGAGUACAGUUAACAUACCUGUUAUCAAUCUUUACCGUAACAUUGUUUGUUUCUCUGUUUUUUUAAUGACUGCUUACAGUGAGUUUUGCUUUCUACUCUCAAAAGAGGAUCUUGUUCUUGGUAAAUGAAAAUGAAGCGUGCUUUAGUCAAGUUUAACCCGAUUGAUUCUCAUAUGAGUGGGAAUUUGAAAAGUCCUGAUCCUGAUGAUAAAAGAAUGAGGUCAGAAAGACGAUGGAGGAGACGGGAGAUCAUGGUUGAUAGUUUGAAGCACAGUCUUGUAGCUAGUGCUACAAAGACGGGUUUGAAGGUUUGUGGAAGUCUAGCUAGUGCUACAAAGACAGAUUUGAAGAUUAGUGGAAGUACCGACGUCUUAAUAGAUAAAAAUGAUCAUAUGAGAGAUGAUGAAAUAGAUGAAGAUUGGAAAACAUUUUUGGCUACAUAUACCGGUGAUGAUGAUGAUGAAAUGGAUGAAGAUUAUAUUUCCUUUUUGGCUACAUAUAAUUCUGAGAUUGAAAUGGAUUGUGCUAGUAAUCAUAGUGGUGGUUCAAACAUUGGCAGUGAUGAAACCGAUUCAGAUUACAGAUCCUUUUUAGCUACAUAUGAUCCUGAUGUUGAAAAUGACAGUGCUGGUAAUCAAAGUGGGGGUUCAAAUAUUGGCAAUGAUGAAACAGAUGCGGAAUACAUAUCGUUUUUAGCGACAUAUGAUCCUGAUGUUGAAAAUGACAGUGCUGGAAAUCAAAGUGGUGGUUUAAAUAUUGGCAAUGAUGAAACAGAUGCGGAAUACAUAUCCUUUUUAGCUGAUCCUGCUGUUGAAAAUGACAGUGUUGGUAAUCAAAGUGGUGGUUCAAAUGUUGACGUCAACUUUGGCAACAACAAUGUCAAGAAGGAAAUAGAAGAAGGCUACAAUUGUUUUUCAAAUCAAUUUGUUCCUGAUUAUAUUAGCAACGGGGUUCAUGUUGAUGAAGAUGAUCGGUUAUUAAGAAAAAGUUUUAGUGUUGGGAAAAACACAUUACUUUCUGAUCAAGAAUUUGAUACCUCUAAAAUGCAAAGUGUUGUUGAUGAAGAUUAUAAACAAAUCCUUAAUUCUGGGAGGGUUGUUGGUGGUGAUUUUGUGUAUGGUUCUGUUAUGAAUGCCAAUGACACAUCCAAUGUGAAAGAUGAACGUAAUUCCUCUGAUUCAGAUCUAAUUGUUUUGGAAUCUUGUCCAUAUUGUGAAAACACCCCUUCCGCAUCUUCAAAAGCAUAUGAUUCAUCUUGUUUUGGAGAAGAAAUGCACCCCAAAAACAACAUGCAAAUGACUUGUAUUUAUCAUUCUCAAUUUCGGAAAAGACUUGUGGAAUAUCUUGAUAGGCCUUAUGACUAUGAAGAGUAUAAAUCUCUUCUUGCUAAAGCAAAUGAACGAAGGCAAAAGGAACGUCAUUUAGAAACACGGCAGGGGGUGAUUGAGUCAUAUCACUGUGGAGGUGUCACCAAAUCGCAUCUUGAUUCACACCCUGAUGUAGCCAAAGCUAUUGCCAUGGAGUCCAAGGAAAAUCGUAUUUUGUUUCUCUUGCGUGGAUUUUUUUUCUGGAUACAAAACACAGAAGGAAAUUUUCAGCCUUGGCUUGACAAAUCAUGUUUGGAGAUGAUGCGAAGAUUGUAAAAAUGAAAUCUUAUAUUUCAUCUGGAAUGAAGCAUAAGCAAAAAUACGAUAUGAAAAGUUGAUGUGUUUGGAAGCAGUGUAUUUUGAAUCUAAAGAGGCAACAAUGUUUAUAUAGAUUGUUUUAGGUAAAAUCACUGAUUGUUUUAGGUCUCUCCACUUUUUUCAGGCCUUUGAUGGUGUGAUCUCACUGUCUUCCCCAACUUCAUUUGAAAAUGUUUCUUCUAACUAGGAAUCUAGCUCCAGUGCUACAUCGUGCUCUUCGCCCAUAUCCCGUGAAUUACAGGUGCUCGUUUUUAUUUGCAAGCAGGGCUAAGAAACAAACUUAGGUUGAUGGAAAAUAGGACCAUAGCACUAUAAUUUGGUCCUCCGUAGUGUGGAAUUUGACUUUUAGGUGCACGGUAGAAGAAACCUCCCUUAAAGUUGCCAAAAGAGGUGGAGGCAUAGUGUAAGAUAAAAAUUUAUCUUGAUUACCCUUAUUCUGUUGCUGGUCCCAAAUGCCAUGGGAAGUUUCACGUAUUUUAAGGGUUUCCUGAUUGUCCACUCGAAGCUCUGCAGGUUUCCACAAUAAUAUGUUUAGAAAGAGAGUGAGGGUCUCUUCCCGGUAUGUGAACCUUUGAAGAGUGUAAUUUCCUAUGAGAGGAUGAAACAACUUUAUCUGGGUGUACUAAAGUCAUCGAUGAUGUGGCAUUGAAGGUGGUUACUGACUUUGAUGAUAAUUAGAUAUUCUUAUCAAAGAAAUACAAUCCACCAUUUUCCUCUAUGACAAACAAGUAUUCUCAUCCAUUGAAUGUCCAACCAAUGAGGGGUUUUUCAGGUAAUCUUGCUCCUUGUAUGAAUCAAUAAUUCCUAUUUCUAGGAAACACCAUCUUAUCUCAAAUGAAAAGAGAAUGUUGUAUAUAAAUAUUCAUACAGAAGGCUCCAUUGAUAUGUCCAGACCAAAAUAUCCCAAUAAUGGUUAUUUCCUUGUAUGACGAUACGUCGGAAAGGGUUUGGUACCUACAAAAACAAUUAAAUGUCCAAGUUAUUAGUUGAUCAAGCCAUGAGGUAAAAUAUUUUAGGUUUUUAAAAGUUUGUACCUUACUUUGGCGUUUGUCCUCCCUUUUAUAGGAACAUCAUUAUGGUUUUUACAAGUUUUCAUUCCUUAGCAAUCAGAUCAAAGAACAUAUAUCCUAUUGGUUCUUUAAUGGCUCCCAACAAAACACAACUAAUACUUAUACUAUCAAUUUUAGUCAUUCUUGCUUGUACAACACGAACAUGUUCUAUGCAUUCAAAAACUUGAAAGUGAUCCACUGAGAGUUUAACUCCACUUCAAGCCUCCUCUGGUGUUACAACUUUUACUGCCAAUGUAGCGCAUAUGUUUAGGACCUAAAUAAUCUCGUUCAUUGGGAAUGUAUUUUUCAAAUAGGAUGGAACCAACCAUGUUCAUAAGCAUUAUAUAUUUUCCUUUCGAUAACAUCAUUCUGUUGCGGAGUGUAAGUUAUGGUCAACUACCUUUUAAUCUCACUGUCUGAAAAAACCACUUGACUCAUUUGAAUUAAAUCUUCCUCCAAUCUUAGUUUGUAGACACUUAAUAGAAAUCUCAACUUCAUUUUCGACCAUAAUUUUAAAACAUUUGAAAG